CUACUAUUAAUUUUUUUAGUGACGUUAUGAUUUUAUAUAUUUUAAUAAAUCUUUAAUUUCUUGGGCGCAGAUUAAAGUAAAAAUAUUCAAGAUUCCGGCUAAUUCUUUUAAAGUUACGAUCAAUGUUUCAAUUGCGAUAAAAAUUCGUUUCAAAUAAAGUAUAACUUCUGAUGGACAUUUUUGUCUGGCCGCCAUUUUUAAAGAGCUCUCUUUGCUUUAACAACCUUAAGGACUAUUCACACUGUUUUUUUCUUACGCCUUUCGCGAGACGCAAAGUGAGAUAGAAAUGGACGCAAAUAUAUCUCUUUCUUUUUCUAUCUAAUGUGUAAUAAAAUGGCAACACUGCAACGGAAACUAAGUUUCCGUUUCAGUGUUAACAUUUUAUUACCUUUUACUUCACUGACUACACUUUAUCUAACAUUUUAUUUUUCUAAUUUCCGUUUAGUCUAUUUCAUAAGGAAUUAUAUUUAAAAUACAAUGUCCCGUAUAGUUGCGAAUAUUCGAUGAGCAAAAAAAUUCUAUAGACUAUUACUCCGCUUAAUAAUUUAUCAACCGCAAAGAACUACGAAUGCUCUUCGUCAGUAGCUGAAAAACUGAACAAAAAAAAAAUUAUUCCACAAAAACUAUCAGAGCUGGAAAUAUAUAGAUUUACUUUUUUCUCUCGGAAAGCGGAAAAAAACUUGUAUAAAUCUAGUAAAAAUUAAUAAUAAUAAAUAUAGGUUCUCAGUAUAGUAUUCUUAUAAUAUGUACAAUCGUAAUUUUCUCAAAUAUUUCCAAAUUAACAAACUCCUCCUUCAGUUUUCUGGUGUUCUGCCAUUUUUAUCAUGCGGAUUUCUGGUGAAUGGUAUUUUUAUAGUAAUGCCUAUUUCCACUUGUUUAUUUCUUUCACUUCCCGGUUUCUACGUUAUGAUUUCCCGUUUGAAAAUUACGGCCGCCAUGGAAAUGUUGGAUACUUUUUGUGAACUUAUCGAAUUUUUAGUGGUUUCAUUUCAAGUUUUAGUUCUACUGCCGAAGAGAAGAAAAAUCGUAAACUUGGUGAAUCUUUGCAAUGAUUUAUGGGAGAAUGUAAAAGAAAAGGAGGAGGCACAAGCAGUAAUGGGUUAUGCGACAAUAGCACUUUAUCUAACUUAUGGCUUUACUAUAAAUGUUUUUAUUGCACUGACAGGUUUAAUGAUACAACCGUUAUUUACCCAAUUUGUUUAUGACGCAAAUGGAACAAUGAUAGUCAGCAAGCAAUUGCCAUACUCAAGUGGAAUAUUUUAUGAAAAUGUUAGAAUUUUUAAUAUUUGGUACAUUCUGCAAAUUCCAGCUGGACUAAUAAGUAUUAUUCCAGUUAUUGCCAUAGCCACUGCUAUACCCUUCUUUGUUUUUCACGCCUGUGCCCAUUUUAAAUUGUUACAAUAUCAAAUUUCUAAAUUGAAGUCAGAAAAUAGUGGACAUAGUGUUGAAGAUGGUACAUCACGAAGUACUUUUGAGGAAAUAGUGGGAGUCGUCAAGCAGCAUCAACGUGUUUUGAAGUAA